AUGGAGAAUAAAGUUAAGUUGUUACCCAACUUUGAUCUGCGAGCGAGUGGUGCCGCCGCAGAGUGGCAAGUAUGGCGGACAUGUUUCGAGGGUUAUCUAGUUUCAACUAGGCAAGAUGGGGCAAGUGAUAAAAUUCGCCUUGCUUUGUUGCGGAAUAUGCUGGGUAUGGAAUCUGCACGAGUUUUGUUAACCUUGCGGAUACCAACAGACAAGGCAGGUGUGUAUGAAGCGGUUAUAAACGCCAUAGAUAAAUAUGUAAGCCCCAGAGUAAACCAAGUGUUUGAAAGGUUCAAAUUCAAUGAUAGAAAGCAAAAAGAAGGUGAAAGUUUUGACCACUUCCUCACAGACCUAAAACAAUUGUUAUUAAAUUGUAACUUUAGUGACAAGUCAGAGCCAAUUGAGGAUCAAUUAUUGCGAGACAAAAUAGUACAAGGUGUCUAUGACAAGCGCGUUCAGGAACAACUACUGCGCUUGGAUGGCAUGACAUUGGAGAAAGCUGCAAAUUUCUGUAGAACAUCAGAGCAGAGUAAACUACAGGUCAAAGAAAUGAACCCAACAUGUGAGGUUGAUGCAAAUAAAUAUAAAAAGAAACCUAAGUCUACAGGUAAAUUUAAGUGUCGCCGAUGCCAGAAUCUCCAUGGUCCAAGGGAAUGUCUAGCUUUUGGGAAAGUGUGCAAGAAGUGUGGAUUAAAAAAUCAUUUUGCUAUCAGCUGUAGAGUAAAGAAAAAUGUUAAGUUAGUUAGGUGUCAAAGUGAGAGUAAUUCUGAAAGUGGUGAUGAUAAUUUGUAUUGUAAUAUGGUACUGUCCCAGUCUAAGUCCAAGUCGGAGUGGGUAGAAACUAUACUGAUUGAGAAUUUACCAAUUAAGUGCAAAUUAGACACUGGCGCGGACAUUAGCAUUAUGCCGUUAAGUAUUUUUCAACAGAUUAAUGAAAAGUUAAGUUUAAAACCUAUAAAAACAAAUAUACAGUUAGUAUCUUUUGAGGGCAGUAAGGUGUCACCUGUGGGCAUGGUAAAUUUAAUGUGUAAGUAUAAAAAUGAAAAGUGUUUUGAAAAUUUUGUUAUUGUUGAUUGUCAUUCUAUGCUCCUAGGUUUACCUGGAUGUAUUUCUCUAAAUUUAAUCAAGAGAGUACAUAGUGCUGAGAGAAGUCCGGUCUCAUUGAAAGAUAAGUUUGUAUCUGAGCACAAAAAUGUAUUUCAGGGUAUUGGUAAGUUACCUGGUACUUUUAGUAUAACCACUAAGCCUUUUGCUGAACAAAUUUGUCAUCCACCUUCAAGAAUACCUAAUUGUCUUUUAGAUGCGUUAAAGUGUGAACUGAAUAGACUUGAAAGUAGGAAGUCAAUUGUAAAGGUUGAUAACCUAAAUGAAAAUGCUUGUAUUAACCGUAUUGUGUUGGUAGAGAAGCUUAACAAAAAGAUUAGACUUUGCUUAGAUCCAUCUGAUCUAAAUAAAUAUAUUAUAAAAAAACCUAAGUCUUUGCCAAUAUUAGAAGAGCUUGCUUUGAAGUUGAAUGAUGUUGAUGUACAAACUGAUCAUAAACCCAUUGUAUCUAUUAUGAGUAAACAAAUAAGUAAGAUUGGAUCACCUAGACUGAAAAGAAAUAGUUUGAAUGUAACUGAGGUUGACAAGGAAAUGUUGCAGAUGGUACAUACCAUUUCUAAACAUUUACCUAUGUCGGAUUCUAGAAAGGCUAUUUUCCGUAGUGAAACAAAUUCAGAUCCGGUUCUGUCAAAAGAUUUUAUAUCUAAGUGUCGGACUUGUGAAAAAUUCAGUCCUGCUAAUGUGCAUGAGCCAUUAGUACCACAUGAUAUACCUAAGUAUAGAUAUUAUAAGGUAGGUAUGGAUAUCAUGGAAUAUGCAGGCCAGGCUUAUCUAGUAGUCAUUGAUUACCUAUCACACUGGAUAGAGCUAAAAACUACUAAGCUUCAACAUGAUAAGCAUUCUAAAAGUAAAGAAGUAGUGUAUAAACCUGGUGAUAAAAUUGUAUACAGAACUGAUAAAGAUAAAAAUUGGAAAAAAGGAUUUGUAGUUAAGAAAAGUAAAGAACCUAGAUCAUAUUGGAUUAGGACUGAUUGUAACUCAAAACCACUUAGAAGAAAUAGCCAUCACUUGAGAAAGACUUUUACUGAUUGUAAUUUAUUAAAAAGGGAUUUUUUGCCAUUUGAAUAUAAUGAGGAGCCUAAAGUGUUGCCACAAACCAAAGUGCUGCCUUAUAAAACUAGGAGUGGGCGUACAAUCAAACCCAUACAAAGGUUAGAUUUG